AUGACGAGUAUGUUCACUGUCUCACCCAAGUUUGUCCAGGUUGGAGCAGUGCUGGUCAGCACGAAACCUAAAACGGCCUUUAAUCUCAACACGUACUCAAGCGGCAGUGCUGUUGCUAAGGCUUUAAGAGAAGCAGAAUAUCUGAAAGGCAACAAAGAGUUAGACGACGCCAUUGAGUCUAUAAUCACCCAGGGCUUGUACACGACAGCAAAGGGAGGGAGAGACAGGGCGGCCCGCAUUGCUGUUAUCUUGAUCGAUGGCCCGCCCACCGACUGGGCCAGAACUCUACCGCUUGCCAAGAGGCUCAGGAAUGAAGGCGUUCGAGUGGUCACCAUCGGUAUAGGAAACAUCCAAAUGAAGAAGCUAACCGGGCUGUCCGGGAACACAGAAUAUGUCUUCGCUUCCCCAUCCUAUGAGCUACUGAAGUUCACUAAAGAGCUUAUGUAUCAAACACUAUGUGAAGCAACCAAGCUUCCAAGACCAG